UAAAUGGUAAGUACAACCACAAUAUGUAGUCUUCGCGAGACCCAUAUCACCAAGUGCCAAUGAUCUUUUUUGAUGGUCAGAAAAAGAAUGUGAUCAAAGUUUUUGGCAGUAUCCUUAUUAUUAUUUUCACUUUAGAUAACUGCAAAAACAAUCAUCAAUUCAGUAUAGGUUGGGAUGUCCCAGCCUUAGGGACGGUCUAAAGAGUGUCAAAUAAAGUAGGAAUUGAAACAGGAUUUGUAAUUCCAGAUUACACUGUUAUCACUUACAAAAAUAUCAAUAAGGAACCACCACAACCCCAAAAUCCGUAACUUAAUCAACCACAAUCCAAUAAAUUCGCCACGUUGGCCCAGAAGAACUUGGUCUAAGAUAACUACAAAAACGAAAUAAUAGUCUAAAAAAGCAUUGACAAUGGCAUCGAAAAGUUUAAGUCGGAAGAAACUCUGAAAGAAUAAACGAAUAAACAAAUAAGAGACAUAUUAGCUAAGCAAAGAAGAGAAAAUUAACAACAUUUAAAGUACAAAGCUUGAUUUAGCUACAUAACAAUUACUAUCAUUA